AUGUUGUUUUCAUACAUUCCAACAUUGAUUGCUCUUCUCGGAGCCGUUAAUGCUUUGGGUGGUCAAACUAACAUUGCUUUCCAACAAAAGGGCCUGCAUGGCAACAAUAAGGAAAUCACGUUACACGACCAUUCAAGCACUGCUACUUUAUUCUUGGAUCAAAACGAUUGGCCUGGUGUUAAUCGUGCUGCUGAAGAUUUAAGUGACGAUUUCAGAAAGGUUACUGGUCAUGCCUUACCAGUUUCCAACUAUACUAGUUCCAACGAUAUCUGUAAAAAGAUUCAUGGUUCAGUUGAAAAUGCUAUUAUUAUUGGUACCAUUGGUAACAACACCCUUAUCCAAAACUUGAUUAAGGAAAAGAAGAUCAAUGUCGAUAAGAUCAAGGGUAAAUGGGAAUCCUACAUUCAAGAACAAGUUGAAAACCCAGUUCCAUGUAUUAAGAAUGCCUUAGUCAUUGCUGGUAGUGACAAGAGAGGUGCUAUUUUCGGUGCUUAUGAUAUUUCCGAACAAAUCGGUGUUUCCCCAUGGUAUUACUUUGCUGAUGUCGUCCCACAAUCUCAUGACUCUAUUUAUUUCUCUGGUUCCAAGACCCAAGGUGAGCCAGGGGUCAAGUACAGAGGUAUCUUCAUUAACGAUGAACAACCUGCUAUUGCUGCGUGGGUUGCUGAAUUCUUCCCUGAAGGUAAGUACAACUCCUACUUUGUCCACCAAUUCUAUGUUAAGCUCUUUGAAUGUUUGUUAAGAAUGAGAGCCAACUACUUGUGGCCAGCUAUGUGGGCAUCUAUGUUUGGUGUUGAUGAUCCAGAAAACCAAUAUUGGGCUGACUACUAUGGGGUGGUUAUGGCUACUUCUCAUACUGAACCAUUAAUGAGAGCCACCAACGAAUGGUCUACCUUUGGUAAGGGUGCUUGGGAUUAUAGUACCAACAAGGAUAACAUUGUUUCCUUCUGGAAGGAUGGUAUUGAAAGAUCUAAGCCAUUCGAAAAUGUUUGGACUAUGGGUAUUAGAGGUUUUGGUGAUACUCCAAUCUCUGGUGGUGUUGAAACUUCUUUAUUGGAAGAUGUUAUUGCUACUCAACGUGAAUUGUUAGGUCAAUACUUUGGUAACAGUUCUGUCACUGAUAUUCCACAAUCAUGGUGUUUGUAUAAGGAAGUUCAAUCUUAUUAUGAAGCUGGUAUGCCAGUUCCUGAUGACAUCACUUUAUUGUGGGUUGAUGAUAACUGGGGUAACAUUAGAAGAUUGCCACUUAACAAUGAAACUUCUAGGUCUGGUGGUGCUGGUGUCUACUACCAUUUCGAUUAUGUUGGCGAUCCAGUUGAUUACAAGUGGAUCAACACCAUCUCUAAUGAAAAGACUUGGGAACAAAUGCAUUUGGCUAAGGAAAGAGGUGCUGACAGAAUCUGGUUAGUCAAUGUCGGUGAUAUCAAGCCAUUAGAAGUACCAAUUGAAUAUUUCAUUUCCUUAGGUUACCACUACGAUGUUUGGGGUCCAAUUAACAAGGUCUUUGAAUACACUGAAGCUUGGGCCCAAAGAGAAUUCGGUCAAUGGUACAAAAACACCACUGAAAUUGCUGAUAUUGUUGAUCUUUAUGGUUUCUUAAUUAACAGAAAGAAGUAUGAAUCCUUGAACGCCACUACUUAUGCUAUUUACAACUACCAAGAAGCCGACACUGUCUUACAACAAUGGUCUGACUUAUCCGCUAGAGCUUGGAAUGUUUACAACCAAUUACCAAAGAAUGUCCAACCUUCUUUCUUCCAAUUAGUCUUGCACCCAGUUAACGCUGGUUACAUUGUCCAUGAUAUUAUGAUUUCUGCUGGUAAGAACAAUGUCUAUGCUGAACAAAGAAGAAACCAAGCUAACUCCUUGGCCACCUAUGUUCAAACGAGAUUUGGUGAUGAUCACUCUUGGAAGAACCAAUGGGAUUCUAUGCUUAAUGGUAAAUGGCACCACAUGAUGGAUCAAACUCACUUGGGUUACUUCUUCUGGCAACAACCAAUGAGAGAUGUCAUGCCUCCUGUUUCCAUUUGUCAAGCUGAUGAUAAUAACUUGGCUGGUGCUAUGGGUGUUACUGUUGAUCAAUCCAGAGGUUCUGUUCCAGGUGAUGAUUUAUACAAUGCUGUUGCUUACUCUAACAACACUUUGAUUACUCCACCACAAGAUCCAUACACUGGUAACACUUUUAUCGAAAUCUUCAACAGAGGUAAUGAAGAUGUCAACUUCAAGGUUUCUUCUGAAAAUGAUUUUGUUACUCUUUCUCAAACCACUGGUUACAUUUCUGCCACCAACGACAGUAUCUGGAACUCUGUUAAGGUUUGGGUUGAAGUUGAUUGGUCAAAGGCACCAGAAGGUUCCAACAUUGUUUUCAUUGAUGUUACUUCCAACACUACUUAUGGAUUCUUUGGUCCACCACAAAUCCAUGUUCCAAUUAACAAGAACCAAGCCCCAACUAACUUCAAGGGUUUCAUUGAAGCUGGUGAAGUUAUUUCCAUCGAAGCAGAACAUUUCUCCAAGAAGGUUGACAACAACAAGGUUAACUAUGAAGUUAUUAACAGAUAUGGUAGAACCUUAUCUGGUGUUACUUUAUUCCCAGUUACUGCUGAUUCUCAAACUUCUGAUGCCAAUGCCCCACACUUGGAAUAUGACUUCUACUCAUUCUCUACUCCAGCUUACGGUACUAACAUCACCGUUUACACUUCCCCAUCCUUGAACACUUACCCAGCCCGUCCAUUGAAGUAUGCCAUUGCUAUUGAUGAUGAACAACCACAAGAAGUUCAAUUGGUCAUUGACACCACUAAUCCAUUGAACAUGCCUGAUCACUGGGAACAAGCUGCUUCAGAUACUAUUUGGUUACAUAACACUACUCAUAAUAUUUCCUCUUCUGGUCAACAUACUUUGAAAUUGUGGGCUUUGGAACCAGGUGUAGUUUUCCAAAAGGCUGUUAUUGAUUUUGGUGGUGUUGUUCCAAGUUUCUUGGGUCCUCCAGAAACAUACCGUCAACAAUAAACUAGUUUAGUUAGUUAGAUGAUUGUUUUCAUUUUAAAAUGAUUGUUUUGUUUUCAA